UUAUUCGCCUGUGUCCUGCGGGAUUAGUUGAAUUUGAAUGUCAUUCGAGACAUCCACUCGAUGUUGUUGUAAACAGGCCUCAGAUUUUUAAAAAAUUUUUGUCUAUGAAUGACAGUUACGUGACAAGCGUGCGCGACGGGGCUACGGUGGUAUCCUGGCGAGUGAAUAAUCAAGAACAACUGUUCGUAAGUAAGCAAGCUGUAUUCGACGGAAAAAAGGCUAUUAGAGGAGGCAUACCAUUUGUCUUCCCGCAAUUCGGAGCAUGGACGUUCGGGCCACCCCAUGGAUUCGCAAGAAUCAUCCGUUGGAAUGUGGAAAAGUCACCCGAACGAUUACCCAGCGGUGACGUUGAGGCAAUAUUCUCGAUAAUGGAUAGCGAAUUCACCCGUUCAAUGUGGAAUUACCCCUUUAGGUUAACGUACAGAUUAAUUCUCCGAGAAAAGGAACUACACUUUAACAUCGGCGUGUACAACCCCAGCAAAGAUCACACGUUUAGCUUUAACUUGUUGUUACACACCUACUUUAAAGUGCCGGACGUCAGGAGAUGUCAAAUCACUGGUCUCCACGGAUGCACUUUUAUCGACAAGACGAGAGACAACCAAAUCUUUCAAGAGGGCCGCGAUGUAGUAACGGUAUGCGAAUGGACGGAUAGAAUUUACCAAAACACGCAACCGGAACACAUCAUCACCAACGUUGUGUCUGGUAGAAAAAUGCGUGUGCAAAAGUACAAUUUCCCGGAUACGGUGGUGUGGAAUCCGUGGCAAGAGAAGGCCCGCGACAUCCCCGACUUCGGCGAUGAUGAAUUUCCAAAUAUGAUAUGCGUGGAAAGCGGGCACGUCAGUAGCCCAGUGAUAUUAUUACCUGGAACAGCUUUUGAAGCCAGUCAGAUCUUACAGGUAAUGUGAGUAGAGGGUGGACCGACUUCGCACAUAACAUCCGGAAGUAAUUCCAAUGCAUUGCAUCCGGUCUCCUCUGCACCAGGUACCGUCUGGCGAACCGGUGCCGGGUGGCUAUACAUGUCACCGCCUCCACCUCCGCCACCACCACCGCCAACGUCCUCGACACAUCAGUCGCACCUCCAUGCGCAUUGUAUCGCUCAGACUUGCACUAUAUGUUCUCUCAAUCUUUAAAUCCUUAUCACCCGAGAAAACAGCGAUUAUCUCGGUUAUCGUGGCAAUAUUCUAUUCUGUUAUUGGUAUUGAAUGUCUCAGUACUUAGAAUCGUGAACAUUUCUUACUGUACAAAAAAAUUAGAUGCUACGUAGCUAUUUGCAUUUUAUACUAACACAAAAUAUCGUCCCAAUCACUAGAAAAUUUUUGUAAUCACUGGAAUUUUGUUAAGUAUCAUCAUCGGUUUAAAAAUCAUGUUCGACGUAAUUGGAUCUGAACAAAUACAGUUUCAGAUUAUGUAUAUUUAGAUUUAUGAAAAUUGUGAUGUCAACGUACUUCAAACUUUUUAAUUUCUCUUCGAGUAGACAAAUAAUUGAGUACAUUUGUUCGAACAAUAAAUUCAGUAAUCAUAAUGUUGGAAGGAAAGUAUAAUUCUUAUUUAUAAAUACUUUCAUUUCCGGGACAAUUAAUAUUGUUACUCGUACAGUUCCUUUUCUACGUCGAUUUCUAUGGUAUUAUUCCAAAGUAGUAACGUGCAGAAUGAAAUUUAUAAAAUUCCAAAACUUUUCAGGACUCCAGAGGCUCUUCAAUGCGCAUUCAUAUGAUAGUGUUACACAGCACUGCUGUUGUUACACAAAUUAACGAUAGAUUUAUUUAAAUGUUUUAUUCGAAUAGUUGAUUAAUCAAUUUCUUGACGCCAGCACAAAUAAUAUGUAUAUCUUUUUAGUACAUUCCAUGCGCUAUAUAUUUACAAUGUUCUGAUACAAAAAAAAAAGAAUCGAACUGCGCUAUGCUGAACGCAAUACCUGUCAACUGAUAGGAUUUUUCACUCAUUUUGUUUUUUAUUCGUAAAGCAACGCGUAAGGCGGAAUUUUAGAAACACAACUAGGUAUACUUUGAAGCAUAAGUAGAGAAUUUAAUUGCAUUAUAAGCAUUUACAAUAAUGGAUGCAACACACUGACAAAGCGAUACAGAUAUGGUGCUAAUGUUACAGGUAUAAUAUUGUAAUGAUAGAUAGUUACAGUAAUUAAGCUCAAUCAGCAUUCUUUAUUAUUGUUGUAGUGUUAGCAGCUGGAAAAAAAGAAACUUUUAUCAGGUUUUCAAGUACAUUCUAUCUUCUGUCUUACCUUGUGCAGAAGGACGAAAGCAUACAGUAACAAUAUAUCAUCGAAAUAGACGUAAGCAAAUAUUUAUACCGUACAUUAUUAUGAUACUAGUAUAAAUAAGAAACAGAAUAAUUUCAUGUGUGUGCGAAACAUUUGUAAAAAUAUUAUCUCGUCAACGUUUUAUCCAUUAACUAACUUUCUAGUGUGACGAGAAACGACUUCGAAAAACAUACUAACACUUUGCCAUUCAGUCAUUAAUACUUGGAUCAUUGUUAAGCACUAUAUUAUACAAGGGAUGUCUCGAUAAUUUAGUGCAAAACUUAGGAUAUAUUUAUGUUUCAUUUUGGAGAUAGGACAUAAUUUAUAGGAUAUUAUAAUUCCAGUUACUGCAAUAAUAACUUCUUUUAAUAUUUUUGAUAAUCAAAUAGCAAACACAUUUUCAUAUUUUCGCAUGUGAAUUAUUUUGCGUCGGCCAACGAAUUAAUACAUUACGCAACUUAAUGUCUGAAUUCGCGAAAUAUCAACUAAGACGGUAACACAUUCCCUAGAAAGAAUUUUAGAUUUAGCUUCACGACUAUUACAGAUUAAUUAAUAUGUUUGAAAAAUUCGGUUCAGAAUUGUAAUUCUGAUCAUUAAGUUCUGCAUUACAUUAUUGAGUUAUUCCAUGCAGAUAGCAUUGAUAUACUGGAAUUUUUAAUCAAGGCUCCCAAGUGUAAGGAACGAGUUACAUGACCACCUUUCAUGCAAUAAUAUACUAAAUAAGAACUAUUAAUAAUUUUGUUGCUCCUAAAUAGUUAUUGAAUAUAAUGGUAUCUCCUUUAUCUGAAUGAUAUACAUUCCUUGUGUAUAUAUUUGUUAUUUUGUCAGAAACAUAUACAAUAAUGAAUUAAUAAUCUUCUAAAUAGAAUUACAAUUUUGAAACUGAUUAAUAUCUUUGUAUAACAAGUGAUAAAAAUUCCAUAAUUUUUUAAGUCAGUGGAAAAGAAUUUUUUAAGGAAACGAAGUAAAAUUAAUAUUAAUCCCAGAAAUAAUAGAUAUUUAUCCCAUACAAAAUAUGCUGUCAAUGGUCAUUUUACAAGUAAGGCUUUUAUCCAAAGAAAGUAAGACUGAAAUUUAGCAGUUAGGCGAAUUAUUAUAAAACAAUGUUGCCAAGGAAUUUUUCUUUUCCAAUGACUUUUAAAAUGUAACAUUUCUCACUUUUCUCAUUUAUCAUGCUUUAGCGAUACUUAACGGUUUCAUAAAAGAAUUCAACUUAUAUUAGACCAUUCAAAUGUAAAAUUAUAUUUGUUUUCUACAGUUAAAAAAAACGAAUUCUCUUUAUUAAUUAAAUGUUUAAAAAUCUCUUACGUAAGAAAAUACCUGACACAUAAUUAUUAAAUAUUUUUACGGUAGAUUAAAAAUAUUUAUAGAUGCCUAGAAAGAAUGAGAAUUUUUUCUAAAUUUCAUUCAAUUUAAUUUUUCUUAAAUCCUACACCACUUGUCUCAUUAGAGUGCCAUUCAUCGCGCAUUAAAUUAAUUUUCACUAAUUUUCAUAAAAACACUCAAAUAUUUAAUUCAGAGACAGUGGCAUGUAGCACAUUUUUUUCAUAUUUUUAAAUAAGGAUUCAUGCCACAAUAUUUUUCAUCAAUGUUGUUUUUCAUCAAGAAUGUGUCAUAGAUUAAAAUUUUCAAAUCUGUACUUUUUUACUUUCAAAAUUUAGUUAGAAUGCUUAUUAUAUACAACGAAAUUAAAUGUUGCUCAUAAAACUUUUGGUGUAAUGCGAUUAAAACUUUGUUUUAUUUAACGCGCGCAUAACGUAUGCAGUAUUCGAACUUUUUAUUAUAACAUAACAUAAAUGCUCAAUAUAUAAUGUCGUUCCUUACAUGUUGAAAAUUCAAAGAUCUGUAAUUAUACAGGAGAAAUAAUUCUCCUUCUAGACAUAUUACGAAGCUAAAGCAACACCCAGAGAAAACUAAAAAUGACAUUGGGAAUGCUUUAACAAAUUAGGAAUAAGUGAAAUUGACUUUAAUCUCAAAGAGACUACUUCAUAAGGGUUUCGGUCUUUAGAGGCUAGACAGUAUAUUUGUCAUACGACAUGGCAUAUUACUUUUUUUCCCAUGUUAGCAAUAAGAUUUGGUCUUCCAACAAGUGAUACAUAUGGAACUACAAAAUCACAUGUUUUGUAUUGCCUUGACAUUGAUAUUCCAGAUAUCUGUAAUUUGUACGAAUAUUUCCAAUUUUCGAUUAAACAAUAUGUUAAAAAUGUACUCUUUCUGGGAAAGUGCAAUAAAAUAUGGGAAAUAAAUAUGAAGCAAGCCCUUUUUUAAGAA